AUGGAGAUGAAUGCCAGGCAGGAUACCAACAAAACAUAUUUCAAGUUUCUCAACUGUUGGGUGGAAAAUGAAGGUUUCAUACCCCUGGUUCAUGAAGUCUGGAAUGAGGAAGUCAGAGGCAAUCCUAUGUGGAUCUUCCAUCAAAAUCUUAAAGCAAUCUCUAAUGCCUUAAGUAAAUGGUUGAGGCAGGAAAAUGGGGAUUUUUUUCAGAAGGUCAAGAAAUAUAAAGAAAAAGUGAAGCAUGCAGAAAUGACUUGGGCACAAACAAAUGAUGUUGAUGGCAGAAUCAACUUUCAAGAGUGGUUCAAAGAUGGUGAUGCAGACUCAAGAUACUUCAACCGUUUAAUGAGAGGAAGAAGAAGAAAGUUGUUUAUACAUAAAAUCAAAGACCUUGAAGGUGAAUGGGUGCAAGGUGAUGAAGCUAUAGUGGAAGCUGCUUGUGACUACUAUCAGGAUCUAUUUAUAGAAACUUGUGGCAUCAUUAGAGAAGUCUUGCUAUCCUAUAUUCCAUCAUUUAUAACAGAUGAAGAAAAUGACCUUCUCACCAGAGAUCCAACUAUUGAAGAACUCAAUGAAGUGAUUUUCUCAAUGAAUCCUACAAGUACAGCAGGUCCUGAUUGCAUGAAUGGAAAGGAAAUUGUGCAAGGCAUCAAAAAGCCAAACAAAGGGACAAAUGUUGUUAUCAAGCUGGACAUGGCAAAAGCUUAUGAUAGGGUAUCUUGGAGCUUUACAUGUAUUAUGCUGAGAAGAAUGGGAUUUAAUGAAAGAAUAAUUGACAUGAUAUGGAAAACUAUGUCAAACAACUGGUACUCAGUGAUCAUCAAUGGCACUAGAUGUGAUUUUUUCCACUCUACCAGAGGCUUGAAACAAGGUGAUCUACUGGCCCCAUCUUUGUUCAUCAUAGGAGCAGAACUACUUUUUAGGAUGCUCAACAAACUCACCCAUGAUAAAUUCUUUAAUGGAUUCUACAUGGAAAAGAGGGGUCCACAAGUCAAACACCUAAGCUUUGCAGAUGACAUCAUAAUUUUCACAUCAGGAGGUAGAGCAUCACUGUAG